AUGACGGUGGACGGGCACAGCUGUCGCAUGAAAGUUUGGUCCAACCGAGAAGUAUGGCGCGCAGCUCGCCGCAGCUGCUCGAGACGGGAAAAUCUCGACGGUGCCACCCGCACGGUUCAGAGGGCACCUGCCGAGGUCGCCCCCACGCGACAGACGACGUCGCUCCGGCGUUCGCUGACCUCGGCCGUGGCGGCGGCAGCUCGAAGCAGAGUUCUAAAACCGCCCGUCGUCGCGCGUCACCGCGGCGACGCGUUGGGCACGAGCAUGGCAUCCCUCUCGCUCGGAUGCGCUCAAUUGUCGGCGGCGUUUAACCCAGCGACGUGCCUCCACCGCUCUCGCGCGUUCGCGCACGCGCCGGUCCACCCGACGUCAGCCGCCGUCCCGGCGCAUCGGCGCGCUCGAGUCGUCGCGUGGACGACGAGCUGGCGCGCGCGGAACCUCACCGCGACGCGGGCCGUGGCGGAGCCCCGGGGAUCCUCAGCGAACAAGGAGGACGACUGGGACGAGGACGAAGACGAGGUGGAGGACGACGAGGGCUUCGACGACGACCACGACGGCCCGGCGUUGGGAGGUGACAAGUUCGUGAAGAUGACCCACACGGAGCUGCUGGUGAUGACCCCGGAGCAGCGCAAGGAGUAUCACAAGCGCUCGGUGCUGGAGGGGCAGAUUCGCGCCAAGAAGAAGCGCGAGAGGCAAAAGGUGAGUCAGCAGCGGACCGUUCGACCCGCUCCGUUCGACGCGAGAGGCGGCUGCGAUGCGUUUGCAUUCGCGCUCCACACCACGGUCUUCGCUUUCCGCGUGAUUAACCAAUACUGGCACCAGCCUGAAACAACACUUGGUUCCAUGGGGAACACCCCCGUGAUCGAAGAAAACAGUUUCGUCUCGCACGAGAGCAUAUCCGGUGAAGUUUUCCGCCCCCGCGAGCGAAUCAAGUCCCAACGCGACUUUCAGCGAGUCAUGAACCAACAGGGUAACAACUUCAACGGCAAGCUCAUGCGCAUAAAGUACUGCAGCAACGAGGGGUUGAAAGACGUGGACUGCACUCGCAUAGGGAUCAAGGUUCCCAAGAAGUUCGUGAAGCGCGCGGUGGACAGGAACCUCGUGAAGCGGCGGAUCCGCGAAAUAUUCAGGCGCAACAAAGACGCGUGGCCCGCGAGGACGGACCUCAUCGUCAUGACGUGA